UCCCCUUUCCCGGCAGUUACUGAGGCAAGCAGAAGAAAUAUGUCCGAUCACGUUCCCUUUGAUCUCGUCACCAAGAUUCUCCUCCGCCUGCCGGUGGCCGCAAUCCUACGCUGGCGCGGCGUCUGUAAACGUUGGCAGGCUUUGAUCGACAGCACAGAGUUCAGCAAGCUCCAACUCAACCACUCCUCCUCCACCACUAAAAAUGCCUUCCUCUUCGUCCUCGAAGACGAUGGGUGCGGAAAUGGCGACCUCCACUUCGCCAGGUACAUCAACGGCCUUCGCCGGGAAACCAUUCCCAGCUUUCGAAGCAACCCAUCUCCUCCAGCCCAAAUUGGCGUCAUAACCCUAAUCGGCUCAUGCAAUGGGUUGGUCUGCUUCAGCAACGACGCCGACAUGGCUAUCAUAACGAAUCCGGCCACGCAGCAGACGCACGUCACGCCGGCCAUACCGAAUCCGUUGAUGGAUUUGGUCAGCAUCGCGGAUUGCGUUUACCGCUACGGCUGCGGGUUCGUGUACGAUUCCGUCUCCGACGAUUAUAAGGUUAUCAAACUUCACCAGAUGCUCAUGCUAGGGUUCGAUGCAAAUGGUGAGGAUUUUCAUUCUGAACUGGUCAUUUAUGGGGUUCGGUCGAAUUCCAGUGUAUCCGUGAAAUUCCCUUAUUUCCUAUCUGCGGAGAAGAUGGGCGUGUUUGUGGCAGGGGCAAUUCAUUGGGUAGUUCACGAUGAUCGUGAUAGGGGUGACUUGGUUGUUGGUUUCGAUUUAGGGCUCGGUGAAUGCAAGGAAAUCCCUCAACCAGAGUACCGAAAUAGGAAAUCCCUCAAAAUUAGAAUAGGUGAGCUGGAGAAUUGUUUGUGCAUCUUUGCCAAUUACCCAGGUAGGGGGGUGGAUGUCUGGAUGAUGAAAGAGUACGGUGUUAGGGAAUCAUGGAGUAUAAUGCGAUCUAUUCCACAUCCCGGGUUGUGCUACGAUAAAAGGAUUCGUCCUCUCGGAUACUCCAUGACAGGCCAGGAGAUUCUUCUGCAGCUGGAUGAGAAGAGGCUUGUUUGGUGUGACCUGAAGAAGAAUCCUCCGGGGGUUGAUGCUUCUACGGAGAUCACCGUCAAUGGAUUGAAGAAGAAAAAGAAGAAGAACAAGAAUAAAAAAAAGUACAUAGAUGCCAUUGUUUGCUUUGGAAGCCUGGUUUCGCCCGGUGGUAUGCUCCCACCGAAGGAGCAAGUGAAAUUUGACAAGCAAAGGAAGAAGAGGUUUGGUCUUUAACCUUGAAUGCGUUUGUUCAUAUACAUGGACCAUAUUGAGAUGCUCAAUUACAAGAUACUGUGUUACUUUGUGUUGGCACUUGGCAGGGAUGGUUUCUUGUCUGCUGGGUUUAAGCUGAAGCUCUAAUACUCCUCCAACAAGAUGCAUGUUGCAAGAUAUGUAUUAGAAUCAGUGUAGCAGAAGAAGUCAGCUGGUUCAUUGGAAGAUGCAGCGUAGAAGUGAUCAUGGUGGUGGUUAGUAAGAGAUCGUUUGAAUUAGCUUCCUAGUCCCGGUCUUGAAGCUCUCUUUUGGCCUUUUUGUUUAGAAUGUAUGUAGGAAGUUGGGAAAGAUUACCUACUUUUUGCCUCUUUCUUAGCUCCAACUAGAACCAGACAGAUUGCACCUAAUAGAACAAGUAGGUUUGAGAUAGCAUACUACUAUGUGAAUGUUGUUUAUACUAGUGAUGCACCUCCAUUCUAGAGAACAUAGUGAUCAAGUGGUAUGGUACGAGAAUGAUCAUUUGAAAGGUUGUUUCAACUUGUUUGAUACUUGUUAGUUGUCACGUAAGGGGUCACCAUAUGAUGUCUACUUCAGAAAUAUAUCUC